AUGAGGGCCCCACAAGAGGAAAUUAAUGCUCUAGUGCAGCAAACUGAAAGGAUUCUGGACUCAGUGCUUUGCGAGCAGCUGCGGAAGGUGCAGCAGAAGCAAGAAACAAUUCUCAAGGAGAUCCUUGAGGUCGAGUUUCUAAGAGACCACAUCCCUUUGCUGCGGCUGCAGCAGCAGCACAUGCUGAAGGAGCAGCAGCGGCUGGAUGCUGCGCUGCAGAGAAUGCAGAUAAGGCCCCCGACCCCACAGCUGCUGCCGCAGCAGCAGCAGCAGCAGCAGCAGCAGAAGCAGCAGCAGCAGCAGCAGCCAGUCAAACCCUUCCCGCUGAAGUGCCUUGCUGACGUUGGCUCUCACUGCUACCUCCCCGCCGUCAUGAAUGACGCCAGCCGGCUGCUUGUGUCUGUGGGGUUUAACUUUUAUGUGGAAAUGGAUUUAAAUACAGCAGAAGCAUUUCUGAAAAAGAAGAAAGAAGUGCUUAAGGGGUAG